CUUGAAGAAAUUCCAUAAAGGAGAGAAGAAAUUUCAUAGAGGAGAGAAGAAAUUUCAUAGAGGAGAGAAGAAAUUCUUAUCAAACCUAUCACAACCAUCCAUCCCCAUCUCCAUUCCUUCACUGCCCCUCACCACCCACCAACAUGCCUCCACCUUGCUUUACCCUCUCAUGCCUUUCUCUUGUCUUGCAAACCACAAUCUAUCCAUGUCCAUGCUCACCAUCGCACUUGAAUCUGAGUCCAAGAAAGAUGACCAGCAAGUCUCCAAGCAAUAGAGAUGAAGAUGAUGGAGAGGAUGGUGAAGAUAACGAUGAUGAUGACGAUGCCAAGGAUGAGGAUGAGGACAAAGAAGAAGAUGAAGAAUUUAAGGGGGAAGGGGAAGGAGGAAGGAGGAAGGGAAUGAGCCUAACCCAUGGGCUGAGAGAAGCACCAAUAGUCCGCAGGAUUUGUUCGAUUCAAGAAAUCAAAAAAUUUGGUAACGCCGGCCAACCUCCUCUACUUGUGGUGGUGCGGCCAAAGCAAGCACAUCUCUCCGGCGGUGCGGUUCCGUUUGAAAGAGUGAAUCCCACGAGACACCAGGUUUUGAUGCACACGUGUGUGGAGUGUACAACUGCAAAUCUGUACGUUUACCCUAUGUCUGCUAGCUCAGCUCAGCUCAGCUCUGCUCUGUUCUGUCCGGUUCUGAUCCCAUUCACACACACGAAUGUGUAUGUCAGGGUUGCACGUGUGGCUCAGAUUAAUGCUGGGAAACCAUGAAAGUGACCUGGGAUAGAAGAGAUCACAUGCAUUUUGCAAUUCAUCCAAUUGUCCGGUGGCCAAAAUGAUGCCUCUCUUUUUCCUGUCCUCUUGGCCUUCUAUUCAAAUAAUUAAUCAAUGAGCCCAACAUCC